AUUGAUUGACAGAUCUGACAGUCAACUUGGUUUGAACUCUCUUCAUCUCUUCAUCGUUUUUGUAUCGUUUCACUUCGUCUCUCGCAUAGACCGUGGGUCAAGUUCCUCUCUUUUAACUUAGGUCGAAUCUCUAUAUCUGUCUCGACUGAGCAUCCGGCCUUUCCACACGACCUGAGCUUUCUCCAAAUCCUUGAGCCGCGUCAUCCAAGCUGAGACACAACGAACGAAAAUCUUCACGCGCGCAAACACAUUCACUCGCCAUGGCAGACGACAAGAAAUCAGAUUCGAAAUUGGAGCAAGGCUCCAGAGCCUUUGAGGUUCCUCAUCCUCAACCUCGACACAACGUUCCUGUUGGGUUGUCCAACAAUCCAGUCUUACCCGUGUUAGCUUAUUGCGGUUCUUCGAUUCUGAUGACUGUGAUGAAUAAAUAUGUUUUGUCAGGGUUGGAUUUCAAUCUUAAUUUCUUCUUGCUUCUUGUUCAGUCCGUUGUGUGCAUUAUUGCUAUUCAAACUUGCAAGGCCGGUGGUCUCAUAACCUUUCGCAAUUUCAAUACGGAUGAAGCCAAGAAGUGGUUCCCCAUUACUCUUCUCCUUAUCGGAAUGAUUUUCACCGGCUCCAAGGCUCUGCAAUUCCUCUCCAUUCCCGUUUACACCAUCUUCAAGAACUUGACCAUCAUUCUGAUCGCAUACGGAGAGGUCCUCUGGUUCGGCGGCUCAGCUGUAACUGGUCUUACUCUGUUCUCUUUUGGAUUGAUGGUCGCCAGUUCUAUUAUCGCUGCUUGGGCCGAUGUUCAACACGCGCUUACAUCCACUACAAAUGCUAGCACCAAGAUUUCGACUCUGAAUGCUGGUUAUAUCUGGAUGACAGCGAAUUGUCUUUGCACUGCGUUCUAUAAUUUGUACAUGCGCAAGCGCAUUAAGUUGACCAACUUCAAGGAUUUUGACACCAUGUUCUACAACAACUUACUCUCCAUUCCCGUCCUGAUCCUCGCUACUUUGCUCAUUGAAGACUGGUCCGCUGAGAACGUCGCCCGCAACUUCCCCAUAGUUAGCCGAUCAAACAUUGCCAUCGCCAUGGUUCUCUCCGGUUUGUCUUCUGUUUUCAUCUCAUACACUUCAGCUUGGUGCAUGCGCGUCACUUCUUCAACAACCUACUCCAUGGUCGGUGCCUUGAACAAACUCCCCAUUGCUUUGUCUGGUCUUAUCUUCUUCGACGCCCCGGUCACUCUAGGAAGUGUCUCUGCCAUUGCCAUUGGAUUCGUCAGCGGUAUUGUGUAUUCGGUCGCCAAGUUCAAGCAGAACGCCAAGCCCAAGACUGGUAUUCUCCCUACUACAAAUAUACCUCUUAGCGCCAGCAGUCAAAGCAUGCGCGAUUCGUUGAGAUCAUGAAUCUGAUCUCAGAGUUCCCCAGGGGACGUCAGAAGCAGCAAAUAAUGAGAGCUGCUUAUCAGCAACGAAAAGCGAGUAGAACUUUGACUUCUUUCACAUGAGAUGCAUUUAUCGGCAAGGCAGUUUUUCCAAACUUGAGUUCACUUGAAUGGACUCGAUGUGACUCGAGCAUGGGAGUGUCAACAACCGCCAUACCAUGUCAGGUUUCAUGCCGGCGGUGUUUUCUCUGUAUGCUUUUCACAUAUCAUGACAAUUUAACAUCUAUUAAUUUUGGUCUACAAGAUCAAUGGCAACUUUCGACUAUCAUGACAUUGCCCUUCAUCGACUUACAAUAUUCGAUACAGUUAAUACACGUGGUACGACUGGUUGUUCAAACUUAUAUUUUUUUGUUUCAUUGCCUGAGGGGUUCCAAGGUCGUUUUGUGUUAGUAGACUCGGAAUGAUUGUUUGAUUUCUUUUCAAUGACUUGUUUGUAUAUAUUGAUAGAUUAUUAUUUAUUUCUCUUUGUUUCUGGAUUAAGGAUUGUAAGAUAUCCCACCAUAUAUAUUCAGAAGUCGCGGUUUGGCCAGUCUAAUCCUCGUCACUCGAUUCAUCCCCUCUUCCUCUUCUCUUCUUAUUUCCUUUCCCACCAUCCCGACUAUCCUUCAUUUCCUGCUGGCCCGGUCGACGUCGCUGACUAUAUUCAGUCUUGACCUCAAAAACAUAACUCCGCGCCUCUCUAUCCUCUCCUUUCCAUCCUCCUCUUCUUUCUGUCUCCUCACUAUUAGCAGCUUCACUACUUCGACUCUCCACAAUCCCGAGUGUUCUUGCAUGCGAAUAUCCCGGAUACGAUUUCCAGGGGAACUUGAAACUGGUCGCGACCACUAAACCGGCGUGGCGGGCUAGAUCUUUGAUAUUCCAUAGCGUAUACGGCUCGCCUUCGAAGAGGGUGACGAUGAUCUGGCCUGAUUGACGAGGUAUUGUUCUUAUGUUCUUGUCUUCUUCUGACUCGGAUUCAGAUGUUUCGCUUUCAAAUGAGUCAUCGUCGUAAUGAUCAUCAUCAUCUGUAUUAUCUCGAUCUUCUCGUGCCGUCCUUGA